AUGGUGGUCAGCCAUAGACCGGACACAAUGACCACUCAAUGUCUAGAAUAUUCGCAUUUCGAGGCCGACGUCGAGUCGUCGCAGGACACCAUCGCCUCCAGGGAACAGGUGCUGAAAAAGACAGCCAAACCUCUGCAAUCGAUGGUCGAUGCCCUGCACUACUGUAUCAACAUUAAGCGCUCGGGUAUUAUCGGCGCCGACCGUCAGAUUAAUCCGAAACGGAGCGCGUCGUCGGUGUCCGAGAAUACGGUGAAGUGGUUGCGGAGGAGGGCCGCCACCUAUAAGUUCCUACACGACCCUAACGGUCCCAUUGGGCGCCUGUAUCACGUUACGGUGUCUUUUCUGGUCAUGUUGUGCCUCUUGUUGACCAUACUCUGCACUUUUACCGAGCUUCCAGUUAUCCACUUAAAUUUAAUACUAUACGGGGUCGAUCUCACCCUGCUAAUCAUAUUUACCCUGGAGUACAUGGCCCGAUUCUGGGCCUCUGACUGUGUCUCGUACUACCGGGGCUUUAAAGGGAAACUCCGUUUCGUUAUAAACCCAUUCCGAGUGAUCGACUUACUGGUCAUCAUAUCAUCCAUUCUGAUCAUCGCGUUCAACAUCAAAGACGGAUUCCUGACGCCAUCCCUAAAGGGGGUCCGAUUUUUUCAGACCUUCAAACUGGUGCGACUCGAGCACCAGUUCCGCCCGUGGCGUGUCAUGGCAUCGGUCAUAUGGCAACAGCGGGAGCACCUGUACAUCACUACUUAUUGCUCAUUCCUGGCGCUCAUAUUCAUGGCAUUCACUGUCUAUUACGUGGAGAAAGACUUUAACCCGAAGUUCAAUAAUUUAGGCGAAAGUCUGUGGUAUACAGUCGUCAGUCUCUGUACGAUAGGUUAUGGUGAUAUAGUCCCUGUCACGGCUCAGGGUAAAAUUUUAGCCAGUAUUUGUGCGUUAGUGGGUGUUUCUGUGUUUGCAUUGCCAGCCGGUAUAUUAGGUACUGGACUCGCCUUAAAGGUUCAGGAACAGCAACGGCUCCGACAGAAAGGCAAACGUCUGAUACCGGCUAUACGACUCAUACAAACCCGGUGGCGAUGCCAUCACUUCUAUAAACAUCCCUUAAAUCCCGAUUCACUGGACUCCACAUCACUGAACCCCACAUCACUGUCCCCUCCGGUAUCGCCGGUAAGAAAAUUGUCGAAAAAGGUGCGCAAAAAGGAUUUCAACAAAAUCGAGAAGAUUUGUAUGCGAUUUGUGUUGAAAACCAAGUUUUUUGUGGCCCAAAGACAUUUCAGUCAAGCGCUCAAACCAUACGAUGUGAGGGAUGUGUUGGAACAGUACUCUGCCGGACAUCAGGAGAUGUUGUCCAGAGUUAAGCAAAUCACGGCUAAAGUGACGGACAUUGAGACGAUAGCUGAAGGUGUGUCCAAAACUCAAAACGAGUCCAAAAGUGUAUUAAACUAUCGGUUGUGUAAAGUGGAGGACGCGCUGAGGGAAACGGAUGGGAAGUUGAAUGAAAUCAUGAAAAUACAGACCGAGAAUAAGGUGUUAUACGAGAAUAUUCUGGAGUUUCUGGAGAAUAAUUCUUCGAAAGCAUAG